UAAACCUAUAUAAUAAAUGAUACAAACUCCCUUCGAGUGGGUUUCAUAAAAUUUUUCGGAAAUCGAGAGAAUUUGAGGUGCAAAAGUUAGAUUUAAGGUUGUUCAUGCGUUUCCAGGUAAGAAUUUUUCGUGUUUUUGAUGAUUGAUUUUUUUUUUUAAUGAUUAUGGAGGUAUUUUGGUGAGUGAACUGCGGAUAGUAUGUUGGUGAAAUUUUAGAGUUGGGUUUGGGUUGAGGAGAUAGUGUGCUAGGCGUGCUGGGUUCUUCGAAGUCUGGAUAUAUUAUUACUCGAGGAAGUUGACAAUUGGGCUUUCGUAAAAGCAAUCUGCAGUCGGUUGAAUGAAAAGUAGCUGAAGUGAAAACUACAAUUGGCAGAAUCGAGAUUUUGUGAAUGAAUGGACUUCAAGGGUUGGGUAGUUCCUUCAAAUUUGACCUAAUGUAGAGAGGAAAAUUAGGUAUGGCUAUGGUAAGCAAAACAAGGAACAUGCUUGAGGGUCUGGUGAGAGAAGGAUCAUUCAAAUGGUUGCUCAGUGGUCGCAGUUCAUUUGAUGAAGACUUCGAGGAGUCAAGUAAGCCACCAUCUGCCCGCAGUAAUUGGAUACCGCAGCUCUCUCCAAUUGCAAAUACGACUGUUUGUCGAUGCUCAAGAAUCCUUGGCAUUUCUACUAGUCAUAUUCAAGAUAACUUUGAUGGAGAGGCCUCUGAUUCCAUAAAGCAUCCAUCGCAAUAUGCACGGAACCUUUUGGAAUAUUGUUGUUUCAGGGCACUUGCUCUGUGUACACAAGUAGUAGGUCAUUUGGCUGACAGGAAGUUCCGGCGUCUAACUUAUGAUAUGAUGCUAGCUUGGGAAGCUCCAGCUGCUUCAAGUCAACCCUUGCUAACUGUGGAUGAGGAUGCUACUGUUGGGAUAGAGGCCUUUUCUCGAAUUGCUCCAGCAGUUCCUGUCAUUGCCAAUGUGAUUAUAAGUGAUAAUCUUUUUGAGAUGCUUACAGCAUCAACUGGUGGUCGGCUUUACUUUUCUGUCUAUGAGAAGUAUCUUACUGCAUUAGAAAGAGCAAUAAAAAAAUUCAGAACCCAGUCAGAGUUACCUCUUCUCGCAUCCUUGCGGUCAUCAAGCAGAGAAAAGAUUCUGGAAGUGGAUGGAACAGUUACCACCCAACCAGUUCUUCAGCAUGUAGGAAUUUCUACAUGGCCUGGUCGAUUAACCCUGACUGAUCAGGCGCUCUACUUUGAAGCUCUUCGUCUUGUAUCUUAUGAUAAGGCAAAAAGAUACGAUUUAUCUGAUGAUGUUAAGCAGGUAGUCAAACCUGAGUUGACUGGACCUUGGGGUACUCGACUUUUCGAUAGAGCAGUUUCAUAUAAAUCAAUUUCCUUAUCAGAACCUGUUGUGAUUGAGUUCCCUGAACUUAAAGGACACACUCGUCGCGACUAUUGGCUAGCCAUUAUCCAAGAGGUUUUGUAUCUUCAUAGGUUUAUACGGAAAUUUAAGAUCGAGGGAGCUGAACGGAUUGACAUACUCUCAAAGGCUGUUCUUGGAAUAUUGCGAUUACAAGCUAUUCAAGAAAUUUGUUCCUCGGUCUCUUUCGACAGUAAGGCUCUUCUCAUGUUCAGUCUUUGUGAUCGACUUCCUGGAGGGGAUUUAAUACUGGAAACACUGGUUGGUAUGUCAACCUCAAGGGAAUCAGAUCGGACUAACAAUUCUCCAGAUGGAAUGUGUUCAAUGUCUGCCUUGGCCAUGGUUUCUAACUUAGGAUUUUUGUUGGGAACAAGUUCAAGUGUUCCUAACGAGGCUGGGCUUCUUGUGGGUGAGAUAGCUGUGGGAGAUAUCACUCAGUUGCAAAGAGCAGUCAAAGAAUCUCAAAGGAGCUAUAAAAAAGUGGUGCUAGCACAAGCAACAGUUAAUGAAGUUAAAGUAGAUGGCAUUGAUACAAAUUUAGCAGUGAUGAAGGAGUUACUUUUUCCUGUUAUGGAACUUGGAAAGUGGCUUCUGGAUUUGGCAUACUGGGAUGAUCCCGUUAAGUCAGUGGUUUUCUGUACAGUUUUAACUUACAUCAUCUGCAGGGGAUGGCUGCACUAUGCGUUUGCUGUUGUGCUCGUCUUCAUACCAAUCUUCAUGGUGCUAACGCGAUUCUGCAACCAAGGGAGGCCUCUUGUAGAGCUCCAGGUAAUUGCACCGCCUCCAAUGACCAAAAUGGAUCAGCUUUUGGCAGUUCAAAAUGCAAUUUCUCGGGUUGAGGUGCUUCUUCAGGAUGGAAAUAUUACUCUUCUCAAGUUACGGGCUCUGUUGUUAUCCAUUUUCCCGCAGGUACCACCUAAUACUUGUCCAGUUUUGAUAUGAUAAAUCAGGCAAGUGAGAAGUUUGCAGUUGCACUUUUGCUUCUAGCUAUGAUUCUGGCGUUCAUACCCAGUAAAUGCAUAGUUCUACUGAUUUUUCUGGAUACCUUUACAAGGUAUUCACCUGCAAGGAAAGCAAGCACAGAGAGAUGGAUGAGGAGAUUGAGAGAAUGGUGGUUCAGUAUUCCGGCAGCUCCCGUUGUUCUUGAAAAGGAAGAAAAGAAGAGAAAGUGAAACUGUAACAUUUUGUAUAUUUGUGCACGUAAUGUGAUGGGUGUGUGCUUUAUUCUGUGGGAGCCUAAAUUUAUAAAGUACGGAACAGGAUUACCCAAAUAUACACUUAAAAUAAAUGGUAAAGUUAUUUGCCCAAGAAGAAAACUCCUAUAAUUGUAAUUAUCAUUUUUCAUGUAAUUAUAUUUAAUUUUGUGGUAAUGAUUUGUAGCUUUUAUAA